UCACAUUUAGUUUGUUCUCGGGAAUUGCGAUAGGUCGACCAAUAAUAACUGCAGCAGUUUGACCUAGUGAGGAGAGACUUAUCAAACGUCGCUGAGUAUCGUAAGUAUAUUGUAACACUAUUUAUUGCAUUAUAGACCCUCCCUCUCAAAGGUGUACCAACUAGGGGAUGUUAGCGGCUCAUUAGCACCCCAAGUUUAAAAUUGACACUCCCCGAAAUUACCCAAACAAGCAUUUUUUUUAUAAUAUCGACUAAUUUAUUUUAUCCACGUCUUUCGUAAUUAAUAAGCAGAACAAAAUACAGAUUACCUAUAAGCAAUGCAUUCGUCUACAAAAAGUUGAAAAGUAAUGAUACAUUUAUUUACAAACAAAUCCUAAAUAAAAUGUGUUAUUAAUUUGUUAUUCAUUAUUUCACAUAAUCAUGGUUAUCUCAAUUAGCUCAUAGAUAACUUGAAAUUUCAACUUUAUUGAAAAUUGAAAUCUGUGUGUUUCGUAUUUAUUGUUAUAAUAUCUGCUAGAUUUUCAGAUGAUUUAUUUGAGUAUAAAGUAGGUAAUAUUGUUAUCAAAUUUAAAUUAUAAAUUGCAUUAUGGAAACUAAAAACUAAAAAUUAAACUAUUAUUUAUUAAUAUUGCCGUGGUUAUUGUUAUUGUUAUAUUUGCUUUGUUCUAAAUAUGAUAUUGUUAUUAUAAUUUUGUUACACAAAAAUUGAAUAUUAUUCCCAAUUUAUUUAAUUCAUUUAUUUUAAGGAUAAUCAAUUUAUUCGCAAGUUAAACUAUUCAGAAUAAUUUUUUUAUAUUUUAUUCACAACUAAAACUAUUUAAAAUAAAACAUUAUUCUUUAUUCUCAAAAUAAUAAUUUAUUCGUGCUUUUACAUUUUAGAGUUUAACGAAGAAUGUAUUGGUUUUACAAAGAUGUUUAUUAUUUUUAUUUUUUAUGUGAACACUUUUUCUAUCGUAAAACUUAUUCCGAUUCUUAAGUAUAACAAAUUUUCUGAAAGGAAAUGUUCUCCGGGUGGUAUUUUAAAAAAGCUCGUUUAUUAAAAUUCUCAUUAAUAUUCGAGAUAAUGAAGAAAACCUAGUUCUUUAGGUUAAAGAAAGAUUGAAAGGUUAAAAAAUAAAUAUCUGUGUAAAACCAUAAGCUUCUUCACUCCACCCUGUAUUUAAAAUAAGGCUGUCAUCGGCAACCGUUAUUAUUUAUUUUUCGUUCAAAUUGAGUUUUUUUUUAUUUUAAAUCUUUUUUAAACAAUCAUCGUUGUCAUGGAAAAGCGCAUUGUUGUAAUCAUUUUAUCAUAAUAUGACAUAAUAUAUAUAUAUAUAGUUGACAAAGCAACACUGUCAACUGAAUUCCGCUCAGAUUGGUUUUUUCGGUUCAUUUGUUGUUUACAUUGACAUACAUUAAAUUCCGGUCUGUAUCCUACCUUCCCAACUUUCCGCCUACAACAGUGGCUGCGCCCACGUGCGAAGUAUGACCGUCCAUUUUUUUUAAUCCGUCAUUUUGAUUUGUUUUUGCCCGACUCUGUUCCGCCGCACGGGUUUGGCUUACAGAUGACGGCCGCGACGACGGGACGGUGCCGAAACGGCUUGUACUCCGGUAAUCUGAACGCGUUCGCGGUAUCGGCGAUUGUGGUGGUCGUCGUGGCCGCGACGUUCGUCUGCGCCGAGAAAUUCGAGAACGAUCUGUCCGGGCCGUUAUGUGCGAAAAUCAAUCGGUGCUGCGACAACAGGAAGGACGAAUGCAGCGUACCACUGAACGGCACCAAGUGUUAUUGCGACACGUUUUGCAUGAACAGCACGGACUGCUGUCCGGACUACUGGACGCAUUGCCGGAACGUCGAACACCCUCAGCAGGGUGCCGGGAAACCGGAACCAUAUAAAGAGCUUAUAGCCAAUCCGGAAAGCUGCGAUUUCGGUGAGUACCCGUUCUCGCUAACGCCCGCGUAAUAGACAGGGUAAUAUUCCGCGUUCCUUCGUUUCCCAACCCCAUCCCCCCCUCCGCCCCUUGGAUUUUUCAAUUUAUACCUAUUGUAUUGAAGCUGAUUUUAUUUGUAUAAAUAUCCAUAGACAUCGGGCGCGUUUACAGAAUAAUAUUUCGGUGAGAAAGGAGGAGGAGGAGGAGGAGGAGGAGGAGGAGGGGGGGGGGGGGGGUGGUUGAGAACUCUGCGCUCGAUAACCGAGUGCGAUAAACGCGUAAACACUUCCCAUUUAGUUAUAUUGGUUGAUGACAACAGCCGUGAGUCAGACUCGAAAGUAAUAAACACCGGCGGCGGCGGUCGUCACCGCGCGACGUCGCUCAUGAAUAUGGCGGAUCGGGAACGCGAUGAUAACGAUUUAGCAUUUGUACAAUGAUAAUUUUUUACGAUUUAAACGUGAUUCAAAUAUAAAAUACAGUAUAUAGUUUUAUUUUGUUUUUUUAUUAACAUUGAAUAUUCUUGUUUAUGCGCAACGUCAGUAGUUUUCAUCGGCCCGUUUUCGUCGAUAUAAGUAGCGGCCCCUGUGUACCGGAACGUAUAUGUCAUUUGUGUUUCGUCCUGUAACGCACACACAAUCGGAAACAGCGUUUUCGUUUUUCUUGGUUUUUCACGCCUCUCUAGGGGGUGGGGCGCGCCCCCGGGUCCAGAACCCUUUUUAGUAGACGGUAGCAACGAAGAGACGAUCCUAAAACGGAGUGUGGUACAUAGAAUACGGAAUGUAGAAUUUCAAUGCACCGAUAAAAGUGUAUCGUGUACAUGUUUUACGGAUCGUUCAGCGGGGAAUAUUUCCGCCGGUGGGACCGGCGACCUAAGCACACAUUUUUUCCCCGUAAAUGUGUAGGCACACGUUAAACACGUGCGGUGAUAAAUACAUUUUUUUCCGAUUACGCGCGAUUUUCGCACAAAACAAUAAUGUUAUAACAUAUCGUACGAUUAGAAAACACUUAUAAUAAAAUACGAAGUCUGUAGCCGAGUCCGUAGUGGCUGUUAAUUUCAUUGUAAAAAAAUUGCGCGACCCCUUCAUCUCUCGUUUUCGGUCGACGAAAUCAUUGCUAACAGGCCGGAAGUUAAUUUAUUAGUGACGCUACACGCGCGACAAUGUAUUUGUUUAUUUAUUUUUUAGGCGAUGAAUUGGAUUUGUUUUUCAAAUGCAUGGCUGCUACCGUGAGAAAAUUCCCGCAACGUAUUAUUGUCGAAACGAAAAUCAGAAUCUUUCAGAUUGUCAGCCAAAGCGAACGUUUGAACACUACUUGCAGCGGUGUUCAAGUCGUCAAUUAAUGAUUUACAUACAUUAUUAUCUAUACGGGCAAUACACGGGCCCGGAACCAGUCUAACGAGUCUACGAAAAAAUAUGUUGUUAACCCAUACAAAUUGUAUCCUUUAUUAUAGCAUAAUCUAUCGUCAAUUAUUAUGGAUAAUAAAUUGUAUACGUCUAUAAGCAUAUCCUAUACAAUAUUAAACAAAUUGCUUAAUAAUCGAUUUGUAUUGAUUGUAUAUUUAUAUCCCUUGUAACAAUAAUUCAUACGAGCAACUGUUAAAUACGUACGAUCCAGCCCGGAUUAAGAUGAUUUUGCAGGGCCUGGGGCUAAACAAUUUCAGGGGCCCAUGAACACAAUCAAAAUAUUAGUGACUCACAAAUAAAUACAUUUCAGAGAUCGUCGUACAUAUUUUGUAAUCGACGGUACUCCAAUUUCCUUACUAUGAUCAUAAAAAUAGACGAUAUUACGAUAGUAUAAAUAAUAAUAUUAAUAAUGUAUCCAUUAUCCGUAAUAUAUUAUAGGAAACGCACUACCCGUCGUGUCCAGAGGUUCACAUACUACGAUAUCCAGGGGCCCGAGACCAUGGCCUCCUCUGGCCCCCUCUUAAUCCGAGCCUGCGUAUGAUUUAUAUAAAAUGCGUAAAUUAUGCGAUGAAUAUUUUCUUGAAAAAUCAUCUUUUUUCGGAGAUUUUGUCGGACACGUUAAAUAAUUACACAUUAGUUAAAAUACGCCUAAUAAAUACAUGUACAUUUACAGAAUGAUAAUAUGUAUUGAAUUGUCGGAUAAGUAUUUAAUAUUAAAUACUAUAAUAUUUGGCAACGCGCGUCUAUUUUCAUUCUUUAUGU